CUGAACUUUGAACAGCUUGACAUUUCCUUGUAGUGAUAGUAAAGACGAGGAUCUGUUAAUACGCACAGCUGGUAACGCCUCACAAGAAAAAGGAAGAUGGCAGAGGUUCGUGGUGACGAUGACGUGCAGAGCUCUGGGGACACAGUGGACGCCAUUUCACUUUCUGUAAAGAGAAUGUUCAGGUCGAAUGAAGACCCAAAGAGUAAGACUGCAGUGGAAGCAGACUCUGCUCCCAUCAGCACUAAAGCAGCAGUAUCGGACCCUUACCGCUACAGGAUGGACUACCCCGAGCUCGGAGUCUGUCUGAUUAUCAACAACAAGAACUUCCACAAAGACACACAGAUGAACACUCGUGAGGGGACGGACGUUGACGCCCAUGCUGCUCUGAAGGUCUUCACUGAGCUGGGUUAUAAGCCUAGAUUUUUCAAUGAUCUGACCGUGCAACAGAUGCACGAACAGCUGAGGACUGUCUCCCAGGAGGACCACAGCGCUCGAUCUUCAUUUGCAUGUGUGUUGCUGAGCCAUGGAGAUGAAGGGCUGAUAUACGGAACCGAUGGCCCAGAAAAGUUUGAAAAUCUGACACAAUACUUUAAAGGAGAUCGCUGCAAGACUCUGGUGGGCAAACCAAAACUCUUCUUCAUACAGGCGUGCCGUGGUUCAGACCUAGAUGGUGGAGCCCUCAUCGAGGCCGACAGCGUAGAUGUGCAAACAACAGAGAGGAUUCCUGUGGAGGCAGAUUUCCUCUAUGCUUAUUCCACUGCUCCAGGCUACUACUCCUGGAGGAACACGUCGUGCGGCUCCUGGUUCAUGCAGUCGCUGUGCGAGAUGUUGCAGCGUUACAGAAAAGAGCUGGAACUGAUGCAGAUCAUGACCCGAGUCAACCGAAAGGUGGCGAUGCAGUUUGAGUCAAACUCCUCCCUACCCGGCUUUAGUGGCAAGAAGCAGAUCCCAUGCAUCGUCUCAAUGUUGACCAAGGACUUCUACUUUCCUGCCUAGACUUAGAUCUUCUUCUUUUUUUUUUACCUACAAGAUGUGCUGGUGCCGAGUCCAAUUUCAUAUUGAUCUAUUCCUAUUGAUUUCUGCUGUCUUUGGCUGAAUGUCUUUUAUUAUUGAUUAUCAUGUGUUUUUAAUUUGCGGAAAUGCGGAAAUGUGGAAACUUCCCUGCAGUAUGACUUUAGGUGAACAAACAUCACACAUUUACCACUUUUUUUUUACCAGUUAAUGGCCAUAAAAAUUGAAUAAUUGGCUCAUAAUAUAUGUAGCAGUGUGAUGAUGUUGAAUCUACCACUACACUAUAAUAAUGAAUACUCUAAAUGUGCCGUUGGGCUGUUUUUGUACAUUUAAUAACAGCUGAUGACAGAUAUAGAUUUAUUUAAUAAUAAUAAAGUCUGCAUACACUUACACUGGGGAUAAAAAAGUAUUUAUUUCCAUUGUGGCGCUUGCUUCAAAGGGAAAAGGUGAAAUGAAAGAUCUCGAGCACAUAAAUUAUAUUGUAGAGAAAUUAUUAAGAAGUAUAAAGUAUAAUUUCAUUUGAGCAACAUAGUGUACCUGCUCUGUUUACAGGUACUCAACCUGACAGAGCUAAUGCCAGAGAAUUAGAUAAGUUACAUUAGUUAAGUAAAUUACUCUCUGAUUGGCUGCAGUCAGAUUUCCUGUGACUUGGAAAAUUGUAGCAGGAAGUUAUUGUGGUGGUUAUCAUUGAGCAAUGUAUAUGGAUAAUAGAAAACCUAGAAAUUAAUUUUUAAAGCAGAAGAUUUGUAAAAAAAAACAAAAGUACAUACAAGUUUUUCCUCACUUGAACCGAGGGUCUAAGGACAGAGGGUGUCACUCCCUGUACAGAUUGUAAAGCCCUCUGAGGCAAAUGUACUUUGUGACUUUGGGCUACACAAAUAAAAUUGAUUUGAUUUGAUUUUGAUUUGAAAAGAAAACUAAACUUAUUAUUUAUUGUUUCUUUACCAAAUGUCUGGUAAUCUGUUCCUGGAAGCGGUGUAUAAAAAUGUAUUUUUGUCUCCCGAACAUUAGUUGAACCAUGUGUUUUUGCAUAAUAAUAAAAAUCUCUAGAGUCAA